AUGACCUUCGCGACUGCCACCCGCAAGCUGAAGAGAGCUGCCAGAAUCAUCUUGGUUGGGGCUCCAGGAGUUGGAAAAGGCACUCAGUCCGAGAGGCUUAUGAAACGAUUCCCGCAACUGUGUUCAAUAGCGACGGGAGAUCUAUUGCGCGAUAAUGUCAAGAGACAAACUGCGCUCGGCAAGCAAGCCGAAGCGCAUAUGAAAGACGGCGGCCUCGUCCCAGAUCCUCUUAUCCUCAAUCUCAUCCUCACCGAGCUCACCUCGAGAAAAUGGCUACGAACUUCUGAUACCAACGAGAAUGUCAUAGCCGCCCUCGCACGAGGCAAUGGCUCUGCCUCGAAGGUAGUGCACGCCUCUGAUUCACCCGACACCUCUUUCAUUCUUGAUGGCUUCCCUCGUACAGCGACUCAAGGCAAAGCUUUAGCCCACUUGCUGCCCAUCAACCUGGUUCUACAACUUGUCACACCAGUCGACAUCAUUCUCUCGCGCAUGGCCAACCGUUGGACACACGCACCCUCGGGAAGAGUGUACAAUGUUGGAUUCAAUGAUCCGAAAGUGCCUGGAAGAGACGACGUGACUGGAGAGCCCCUAAUGCAGAGGGAUGAUGACAGCGAGGCCACUUGGAGAAAGCGACUGGCAAAGUUCGAGGAGACCAGCAAGAGUUUGCUCGAUUUCUACCGCGAGCAGCCAGAUCUGGUGGUCACAGUACAGGGCAACAGCAGUGACGAGAUCUCGCCCCAGAUAUUUACAGAAGUUGAGAAGCGAUUUGGUUGA